CGUUCGGCUGGCUGGCGACCAGUAAACAGGCGUGUAAAUACACCAUUAGUCUGCAUUAGCCCGUGUUGUACGUGGGAGUUUUUGUGUAGUUCGUUUCGCGUACGUCACAUAUUCGAAGACUGUAGCCGGUCGGUGACAAAAAAUUAGUUCGUUCACUAAUUUUAAUUGUUUAAUGUUAUUUUUGGUCAAAAAUGGAGUGUGUAGUGGCAAACGUGGACCAUAUGCAUUUCGAUAUUGAAAUUGCUUUAGACGAACAGUAUGGAGCUUUACCUUUGCCGUUCACCGGGAUGGACAAAUCCAUCGCCGCGGUAUGUCAGUUUUACCCAAGAGGUACUUGCGUUAAAGGUGCUUCAUGUCCAUUCAGACAUGUUCGAGGUGAUAGAACUAUUGUAUGUAAACAUUGGCUACGUGGACUUUGUAAAAAAGGGGAUCAAUGUGAAUUUUUACACGAGUAUGACAUGACCAAAAUGCCAGAAUGCUAUUUCUACUCUCGCUUCAAUGCGUGCCAUAACAAAGAAUGUCCAUUCCUACACAUUGACCCAGAAACAAAAGUCCGCGAUUGUCCCUGGUAUGACCGAGGAUUUUGCAGGCAUGGUCCACUGUGUCGACAUCGGCACGUUAGGCGAGUCCUUUGCAUGGCUUAUCUAGCCGGAUUUUGCCCUGACGGAGGAACUUGUAAAUUUAUGCACCCACGCUUUGAGCUGCCAGCAAUCCAAGAUAUGCAGCCCAAGGAAGGCAAGAAAGUUAUGAUCACAUGCCACUUUUGUGGGGAAAGUGGUCACAAAGCAAUAUAUUGCAACAAAAUGCCACCGGACAUGAGAGAAGCGCAGGUUAGGCAAGAUAUGGAUGGCGGUCUUCACUCUCAUCACCACGGUCCCAUGCACGGUAAUGGACCGUCACCUAGAGGUCCACAAAAACCACUUGAAGAGGUCACGUGCUAUAAAUGCGGCACCAAAGGACACUAUGCCAACAAAUGUCCCAAGGGACAUCUCGCCUUUUUAAGUCAUGCUGGAGCUGCGAACGCUGCAGGCAAUAGUGGAGUGGGAGAUAGGAGAUAAUAUUGUAAAUAGUUUUAUAUACUUUUUUUAAUUCUUAAAUUUAAUUUACAUGUAAAUGUUAUCAUAAAGUAAAACUAAGAUCAUGCGAACGAUCAUAACGUCUCUAGGUUUUACUAGAAACUUAAAGGACUGUAAAAUAAAGGUAAAGUUCUCUCAUU